GGCAUGGUAAUUCAAUUUCAUUGCGCACACGACACACUUGAGUAAAGAAGUACAGCAGUACAUGAGUUCUCUCAGAGUUUUAGUGAAGAGAUUAGAUUUUAAAAAUGUUUUGUUUCUGCAUGGAGGAGAUGAUAAGAGACGACGAUUACAUGACGGUGGUCAACUAUACAGUCAUAACCGAUUAUGAAAGCAUCGAAACUGAGGACAUCAAAACAAAGAGUCACAGACAAAUUCAACACACAGAACUCAACACUGCUGAAAGAAACUGUUACAGACUUACUGCAGUGUGUGCGGUGCUGAUGUGUGUCCUCCUGCUGACUGCUGUCACUGUGCUGUGGGUCAAAUACAACAUCCUGUCUAGAGAACAAGACCAGUUAGAGCAGGAGAGAUCUGCACUGCACCGUGUGCUGUUAAAAUUUGGAUGGAGAGAUUUCAGACAGAAUAUUUAUUACAUUUCUACUGAAAAGAAGAACUGGACUGAGAGCAGAGAGGACUGUAUAAUGAGAGGAGCAGAUCUGGUGAUUGUAAACAGUAGAGAGGAACAGGAGUUCAUCAGUAAAUAUUCCAACGGUACUCGAGCUUGGAUUGGUCUGACUGACACAGACAAAGAGGGGACAUUUAAAUGGGUGGACGGUUCACCACUGACCACUGAGUUCUGGUGGAACGGAGAACCAAAUGAUUAUAAACAAAGAGAGGACUGUGUUAUAACAGGCCACGCAAAGGCUAAGUCUAACAUCUCGACCUGGGCUGAUUAUCCCUGUAACCUCCUUUUAGCUGACAUUUGUGAGAUAAAAAUAUUUAACUGAGCACACAAAGAUCAAUGGCUAAAAUCGAAACAUUACUUGUAAUUAUAAUAAUUCUCUUUUUUUUACAUAUGACGCCAUUCUGUUACAUUUAGAUAGUGAGUCAUGUAAAAUAACUGUAAAGUCAGGCAUAUGAAAUGGUUGACAGAGAAUUCUAUAUUUUAAGAAAUGAAAUGUUUUAAACAAAAUCCAGUUGUUGUUUUUCUGAUAAGCAUUUACACAUAUGAUUUUUUAUUUUUUUUAUCACCAGGUGUUCAAGGCAAAUUACUUAUUUUAGAACAAUAACAAAUUUAGUGAAAUUAAUUGAAAUUUGUGAAAUUAAUACAAUAUUAUUAUUAUUAUUAUUAUUAUUAUUAUUAGUAUUAUUUUUUAUUUUUUAUUUAUUUAUUUAUUUUUUUUUCCCAACAGGAACCUUUUUUAUUUCAGCUUGUUGAAGGCAAACGUGGGUCUUCUGUGAGGGUGUUUUUCAGCAGCAGAGACUAGUGCACUGGUCAGAUUAGAAGAAAAGUUGAUUGAAGCAAUACACUGAGAUAUCCUUCAUUAAAACUAUAUUCCUGAGUGUUUAGAAAGAGUGCUCUUCUCAAUAAAGUUCUUGGAAUGUA